UUGUCUCAAGCUCCGUCAUUUCAGGCAUUUUCUUUCUACCAUCAAAAUGGCGUCGACCCGGAGUGGUGGUGCGCUGAAGCGCAGAGCGAGGGAAGAAUUCAACAAACAUUGCAUCCUUGAGCUGUCCAAUGUUCCUCCAAGUACAGAUGGGGAAAUAAAAACUUUCAUGGCAGGAAUCAAAGUGUCAAAAAUCAAAAGAAAUGAAGAAACGGCUCUUGUCACCUUGGUCCAAGGGGAACAGUUAGAACAAGCCGUUGAGAAGUUGAAUGAAAAGCAGAUGAAGGACAACACUGUGGCUGUGAAACCAGGAUGCAGUGGUAAAACCAUUUGCGUGGCUCAUAUCCCCCUGACCUACACUGAAGACAUGUUCCGUGUCUUGUGUGAGAAAUAUGGAACUGUGGAAUUUUCUUAUAUCAUGCGGUCUGAAGAGACAGGUGCUAGUAAAGGUUAUGGUAUUGUUGAGUUUAAAGAGGAGGUUGAGCAAAGUAAAGUCAUCAAAUCUGAGCUAGACUGGCACACAGUGGAUGGUCAGUCUCUGCAUGCUGACAUUCUGGACGAGUCCUGUCUAGCUAACUUUGAACAGCUGCAGUCUCGCUGCCUGCUCAUCAACGACAUGCCAGAAGACUUUGUUGAUGUUUCCAAAUUGCGUGAGAUGUAUGGAUGCGUGACUAGUCCAGUGUAUUGUCAGAUUAUUGCUAAAGGAGAGAAGUCUCUUGGAUACGGCAUUAUCGAAUUCCGCACCCCGGAGGAUGCUGAGCAGACAUGGCUGAAAAUGCACACGGAAAAAAUAGAAGAUAAAGAAGUUGUAGCGACUUUCUGUAUCCCAGGGAAGUCAGCUGUUGUGAUCAACAAUAGGAUAAUGUGGAAAUAUGGAGACAAACUUCAGAAGAGCAGUAGCCUUCUUCCUGAUCCCGUUGCUGCAAAGCCUGUCAUUGCUGGGAAUCCAAUUGUCAUUAGUUUGUCCAACAUGAACUCUAAAUUAAUGGAUGAGUUCACAAAAGUGCUUGGUGAAUUGCAGCAAGCAUAUGUGUCUCAGAUGAUGUCACCUGUACACAAACCAGGUUUGUUGGGACCGGCGCCAUCACUUCCUCUAAGCCCCAUGAUGAACCCAAACAUGCAGUUGGGGCUUUUGGUGAUGCUUGCUAUCCACAUUCAGGGUGCAAAGAAAGAACAGUUUAAAGGAGUCUUGGCCAAGCAGCUGAACAACUUGAGUGAACCGGAAGGCGUAGAUAGUGGACGUAAGCCAUCCAUUUUGGGGGAUCCCUUGACUGGACAAGCCAACGUGAUUCUUACCACUCUGAAGCAACAGCUGAACCAGGUCGCUCUCACUGGAGAAGAUGGAGAGACUGUUGAAGAACCAGAGGCUGUUGAUGACAAAAUCCAGCACAUUGUCAAGAAGUUUAUUGCCAAUGGACGCUACCUCAACCUGAGCCUCCUCACCAACCUGGGUCAGCUGCUGGUCACCUUGAACAAAGUGGCCUCCGACACUCCCAGAAGUGGUCCCACAUCUUUGGGAGGUGGUAGGGGCCAGUCUCUAUUGGGUCCCGUACCUGGAUCUGGUCCACCCCAGCCUCUAAUGGGGCCCCCUAUUGGCCAAAACCUCCUGUACCAGAUGUCGAUGGGAGGUGGGGGACCUGGUGGUCCCGGCGGCGGUGGCCCAGGAGGCAGAGGACUGCUGGGUGAUGUGCCCAAGGACGACCCCGGCAUGGGCAAGCCAAUGGGCAACCACAUGCGAAACCAGAUGGGCAACCAGCGAAUGAAGAGCGGAGGGGGUGGAUUUGGGGGUGGCCCCGGCGGCAGUGGAUUUGGAGGCGGACCUGGUGGACCUGGGAGUGGAUUUGGAUCUGGAGGUGGCGGAUUUGGAAGCGGAGGAGGAGGAGGUGGGUUUGGAGGCGGACCUGGCAGUGGAUUUGGCGGAGGCGCUGGCAGUGGUUUUGGCGGAGGACCCGGUAGUGGAUUUGGUGGAGGUGCUGGAGGAGGUGGAUUUGGCGGGGGUUCUGGAGGUAGCGGUUUUGGUGCUGGUUCCGGAGGUGGUUUUGGCGGAAGUGGUGGCGGAGGAGGAGGUGGAGGUGGAUCGGGUGGAGGUGGAAAGUCGCUGUUGGGCAAGCCUCCCAGUUUCAAGUCGAACCAGGGUGGAAAUACUGGCAACGCCGCAUUGGACCAAGGAUCCUGGAAGAGUAUGGAAUCUGGGCGUUGGGGUUCUGGAAACAACUAUGAGAGCGGCUACGGCAACAAAACCAAUAUGUCUGGAGGAUACAAUGACUACUCGUAUGGAAAUGAUAAUUACUCGCAGGACAUGAGUAGCGGAGGCUAUGGUGGUUAUGGUGAUGGCAACUCGGACUACUCCUAUUAUCAACAGUUUGGAUAUGGUCAGGAUAACUCGUACCAAGGGGACAGUGGGUAUAAUCAGUUUGGUGGCUCUGGCUUUGGCUCUGGAGGUGGCAUGGGCUCUGGAGGUGGCAUGAGCGGCAGCGGCUCUGGCAAUAUGGGCGGUGGUGGCAGCGGCACUGGUGGAUAUGGAAUGGGUGGGGGCCUUGGAGGCAACCAAGCAUCAGGUGUGAGCUUCCAGGAUGGACAAGCUUUCGGCAAAGGAGGCAACAGUGGCCUUGGCCAAGAUAAUAGCAACUAUGGUGGGGAUGGGUACGGGGGAGGAAUGGGAAACAAUAAUUAUGGCUACGGCGGAAGAGAUGAUUACAACACUGGGACUUACGAUUCCUACGGGUCUGUUGGUUUGGGUGGGAACUACUCUAGCGGAAUGGGAGAUGGCAUGGGAGGAAUGGGCGGUGCCAGUGGCGGCGGGGGUAGCAUGAGUGGGAUGGGAGGGAGCGGAAUGAGUGGGAUGGGCAGCGGCUCGAUGAGUGGGAUGGGCAGCAUGAGCGGUAUGGGCAGCGGCUCCAUGAGUGGGAUGGGAGGAAUGGGCAACACCAACUCGAUGAGUGGGAUGGGCAGUUCGUCCAUGAGCGGAAUGGGAAGCACCUCUAUGAGUGGGAUGGGAGGAGGCUCUAUGAGUGGGAUGGGAGGCGGCUCUAUGAGUGGAAUGGGCUCUGGUAUGAGCGGGAUGGGCGGAGGCUCUAUGAGCGGGAUGGGUGGAACUUCCAUGGGGGGAAUGGGCGGGAUGAGCAGCAGCAUGAAUAACGGCAUGGGUGGCAUGAGCGACAUGUCGUCCAGUGCCUACUCCACUGGUAUGAGCGCGUCGGGCAGCAAGGGCUACGGUAGCUCCGGUACCGGCAUGAUGGGAGGCAGCAGCAGCUAUGGGAGCAGUGGUGGCAUGGGCACGGGAGGCUCCAUGGGCAACAAGAUGGGCGGAGGGCUGGGUGGCAGAGACCAAAGUAUGAUGGGAAGUUCCUACUACCAGGGCGGUGCAGGGAACAGCGUGUCAAACUCUGGACUGUUGCCAUCACCUUCAAAAUAUAUGACCCCACCACAAAAACGCAGCCACAACCAACUCUUGCCCAAGCCAGAGCCUAGCCCUGAUGGUGCUGAUUAUAUUGGUCAACACUCUCAAGGCAUCGGAGGACACUACCAGGACAGCUUCAAGCGCCCACGUCUCUACUAAGAUUCUCAAACCUGUCCCAUUGUUUGUGUUUAAGACCCAUGUUCAGGUGCAGCCGUUUUGCUCUGAAUGUUUUUAUUGGAUGUCCCGUUCUGUUUUCAUGGUAGCAAAUUAGUGAAAAGGGAGGAGAGUUUGUUUGUAAGAGUAUUACAGUAACAAUGGGGUUGGGUUUAAGGGGUGGGGGGAGGGAACUGUGUGGUUUUAACAAUUCCAAUCUUGUUGUCAACUGUUUUACAGUAUUUUUUAACACUGAAUGUUAUGCAUGAUGCCCUUAUUCCAAGUGUUUUUUCCUAUUUGAGGAGAUGAUUAUAUCCGAGUCAUUGCAAGAAGAGUACUCUGUUGCACACAUCGUCAGAAAGCCAACUCGCAAUGAUGGGCGAGUUAGUUGUGAAUGUGAGUUGGAUAAAGUGAAAAGAGAAGGUUUUCCCGACUUACUUCUGCUCUAACAAUGAUGUUGACCACUUUUGACUUCUUUUUUUUAGUAGUUUGAGUGCGGUUUGUUUUUUUGGUAGCUUGAGUGCUUUGGUUCAUGUUACAAGAGUGCUUAGCUUGUUCCCUUCUAAUAAAUUUUGUUCAGAAAUUUUUGAAGAGAUGUUCAUUUGUGCUUGUAGUAUCACACCACUCAUUUUAAUUAAUCUUAUUUCGUUACCUUCUGUUUUAUUGUAAUGUCAAUGGCAAACUUUACUUUGGAUGGGUAGUUGCAUCAAUGACCUUUGGGGCGGUUUUUAUGGAAAGAUAGCUUACUUCUUUCUUGAAUUAUUUUAGCAUUUCUUGUCGCUUUCAUCAAGAGAUAUAGUAGCUGGUAUAAGGAAUGUCAUUCUUUCUUCCUGAAGAAAACUGUCUGCUUUUGUGUGAAUGCUAUUUAUUUCUGUCUCCUCCUCUUUUACUAGAUUUGUUGUCAUUUUCAUAUACUUUUCAUAGUUUUCCAUCCCCCAACAGACGUGCAAAACUUUUCUCAGGUGUCGCGGAAAGUUUUCCUCUUUCUCCUUUUUAUUCUCUUACUCUCUGUCUCUCUCUUUAUGUCCAUCUGCAGUGGACUCCUGGUUGCAUCCUGUUUUCACGAAGAAUUUGUGGUUCAUCAUUCUGUUCAAAAUUAAAAACGUAAACAUGCAUUUAAUUUCUCAGAAUAAGAUUUUUGAAAGAAAUGAAAACAUUGUGUCAAAAAAGAAAUUGUUGCUAUGCGACAUUAAAUCACUGGCAUUUUUAUUGUACGUUGCUGUUUCGUAGUUUUUCUGUUUGAAGGUACUGAAAUAGAAAUUGAGAACACGCUUGAAAUACAUAACUGCAACAGUUAUGCCAUGGAUCACAUUUUUAUUCCCAAGUUUGAGUUGCAUCUGUGAAAUUUCCCUCCUUUUUUGUCAUUUGGUUUUUAUUUGUUGAUCAUCACUUCAAUAAGCAACUGAUUACUAUCUUUUGAUUUCCCCGCUUUUAUUUUAAUUGUGAAUGGUGAAUUAAUUUAGGGACAAUACAUAAAGUUUUUCAUUUAUGUCAGUUCAAAAUGAGAUGUACUGGAAAAUGAUCUUCUUCAAGCCGUGGUCAUAUCAGGGUCUGAAGUUGCUUUUGUGUUAAUAAAAGAAAUUGUAAGUAUAGAA